CCUCCUUGGCUCCGCCUCCUCUGAUCCUUGUCCCCUCUUGGCUCCCCCUGCAGGUCGGAGGAGGCCAACAAGGCGUUCUCGGCGGCCGUGCAGAUGCACGACGUCCUGGUGAAGGCCUGGGCCAUGUGGGGAGAUUACCUGGAGAACAUCUUCGUUAAAGACCGCCAGCUGCACCUGGGCGUCUCUGCCAUCACCUGCUACCUGCAUGCCUGCCGCCACCAGAACGAGAGCAAGUCCCGCAAGUACCUGGCCAAGGUCCUCUGGCUGCUGAGCUUCGACGAUAAGAACACGCUGGCGGAUGCAGUGGAUAAAUAUUGCAUCGGCGUUCCUCCCAUCCAAUGGCUGGCCUGGAUUCCUCAGCUGCUGACCUGCCUGGUGGGGUCAGAGGGCAAACCGCUGCUCAACCUCAUCAGCCAGGUCGGGCGCGUCUACCCUCAGGCCGUCUACUUCCCCAUCCGGACGCUCUACCUGACCCUGAAGAUCGAGCAGCGGGAGCGCUACAAGAGCGAUUCAUCCGGCCAGCAGCAGCCCGGCUCGGUGGGGGCCCAGCCUCACUCGGGGGCGUCCGACCCGGGCCCCAUCCGGGCCACGGCGCCGAUGUGGCGCUGCAGCCGCAUCAUGCACAUGCAGCGGGAGCUGCACCCGACGCUGCUGUCGUCUCUGGAGGGGAUCGUGGACCAGAUGGUUUGGUUUAGGGAGAACUGGCACGAGGAGGUGCUGCGGCAGCUGCAGCAGGGCCUAGCUAAAUGCUACUCUGUGGCGUUUGAGAAGAGCGGUGCCGUGUCGGACGCCAAGAUCACGCCUCACACGCUGAACUUUGUGAAGAAGUUGGUGAGCACGUUUGGUGUGGGCCUGGAGAACGUGUCCAACGUGUCCACCAUGUUCUCCAGCGCCGCUUCAGAGUCUCUGGCCCGCCGGGCCCAGGCCACUGCUCAGGACCCCGUUUUCCAGAAGAUGAAGGGCCAGUUCACCACAGACUUUGACUUCAGCAUUCCCGGCUCCAUGAAGCUCCACAACCUGAUCUCCAAGCUGAAGAAGUGGAUCAAGAUCCUGGAGGCCAAAACCAAGCAGCUUCCCAAGUUCUUCCUCAUCGAGGAGAAAUGUCGCUUCCUCAGCAACUUCUCUGCUCAGACCGCCGAAGUGGAAAUCCCCGGAGAGUUCCUGAUGCCCAAACCGACGCACUACUACAUCAAGAUCGCCAGGUUCAUGCCCCGCGUGGAAAUCGUCCAGAAGCACAACACGGCCGCCCGCCGCCUCUACAUCCGCGGCCACAACGGGAAGAUCUACCCGUACCUGGUGAUGAACGACGCCUGCCUGACCGAGUCGCGCCGCGAGGAGAGGGUGCUGCAGCUACUUCGGCUGCUCAACCCCUGCCUGGAGAAGAGGAAGGAGACCACCAAGAGGCACCUCUUCUUCACCGUUCCGCGAGUGGUUGCGGUUUCGCCUCAGAUGCGUCUGGUGGAGGACAACCCGUCCUCGCUGUCUCUGGUGGAGAUCUACAAGCAGCGCUGCGCCAAGAAAGGCAUCGAGCACGACAAUCCCAUUUCACGCUACUAUGACCGCCUGGCGACGGUGCAGGCCAGAGGAACGCAGGCCAGCCACCAGGUGCUGAGGGACAUCCUGAAGGAGGUGCAAGGCAACAUGGUUCCCCGCAGCAUGCUGAAGGAGUGGGCCCUGCACACCUUCCCCAACGCCACCGACUACUGGACCUUCCGCAAGAUGUUCACCAUCCAGCUGGCGCUGAUCGGCCUGGCCGAGUUCAUGCUGCACCUGAACCGCCUCAACCCAGAGAUGCUGCAGAUCGCCCAGGAUACGGGGAAGCUGAACGUCUCCUACUUCCGCUUCGACAUCAACGACGCCACCGGCGACCUGGACGCCAACCGGCCGGUUCCGUUCCGCCUGACACCAAACAUCUCCGAGUUCCUGACCACCAUCGGCGUCUCUGGGCCGCUCACUGCCUCCAUGAUCGCCGUGGCGCGGUGCUUCGCCCAGCCCAACUUCAAGGUGGACGGCGUCCUGAAGGCGGUGCUUCGGGACGAGAUCAUAGCAUGGCACAAGAAGACCCAGGAGGACACGUCGGUCCCGCUGUCCCCGGCCGGCCAGCCGGAGAACAUGGACUCCCAGCAGCUGGUGUCGCUGGUCCAGAAGGCGGUCACCGCCAUCAUGACCCGCCUCCACAACCUGGCCCAGUUCGAGGGCGGGGAGAGCAAGGUCAACACGCUGGUGGCUGCAGCCAACAGCCUGGACAACCUGUGUCGCAUGGACCCGGCGUGGCACCCCUGGCUCUGAGACCGGGACCGGGUCGGUUCUGAUGGGGACGGGUCUCUGGAGCUGAAGCUCGGCCCACCUUUUAAUUUCAGACUGGAGUUGAUCAGGUCAGAACCACAGGUCCAUUGGGGCCCCUGGUUCCGUCUGCAGAGAUUCUCUUUCUGCCUCUGGAUCCCAGGCAGAACCAACCAGAACCAGAACCACUGCAGGAAAUUCCUCUUUGUUUUUAUGCCCAUCAAGGAGUCAAAUAUUGUAAAAUGUGUAUUUUUACUUCCUGUUGAAUGAGGAAUAUUUUAGGGUCAAAGGUCACCGGGAGCCGACUCUUC